CGCGCAUCACGAUUGCGGUGAUCAACCUAUCGGUAUAUGAGUAAGCAGCUGAAAUCAUGUGUUCAUUCAAUAACUCUAACGAAAAGUCAAGAAUUUAAUGUAUACAGCUCUGAGAAAAUAAUGGAUCUGAGAAGAAAAUAUACAGAGGAAGAAGUCAAAUCAUUUAACAAAGUUGAAUCCACGACAGAAGAAGAGAAAACACACGGUUACCAGUCGAAGCCACCAAAUCUCAAUCAUCGAUUUCGUGUUUGGACGGACAAUAUGUGUAACCAGGAUAUGAUGGGUUCUCAUGGAUAUUCUAGUGUGUCUGUUAAUGACAAUAUGUUUGUGUAUCCCGUCGCUUUUUAUUUGAUUACUCUCGCACCAGAAUGGCAGGCUAAGAACUGAAUAAGUCGUAGAAAUCCUACUGCUAUGCAGACAUAUGGUCGACAAUGGCGGGGAAACAGUUCCGCUUGUGCGCCAGGGCACGUCUCAUGGUCAAACGCGAAACCUUUGUUAAGGUUGGACAGUACCGGCGAGGUUUCAUCAGUCGACCAUACUUCCCAGAGAGAUAAAGCGCAGUUAGCGUCUACACCGAGAAGCGAUAGCAGUUUCAAGAUGAAGAACUGGGUCACCAACAAAAGGUUUUUCAAUGUCAACAAUAGUCUGACAGGCGCCAACAACUUCGCAAAUUCGAAGACAAAUACUAAUUUUGAGUGUACGCAGAACAUGUUUGAAUGUUUCACCGGGGAUCUUUUAUCUGAGAGGGCUGCCGACAAAAUGAAUCCAAAAACACCUCAUCAGAAAUUCCAGAAACCACAAUGUGGUAUUUCUGGAUGGAACUACAAUGGACAAGGACUCAGGGGUGUAAAUACUGCGGCCUUUGCUGUGUUUCCAUGUCAUCAGUUUAGCAACUCCUUCAAUGCUGGAUACUAUCCAUUCCAUGGUCAAGGCAAUAUGGGCGUGUUCAACGUGUGUCAGUUUGUCAAUGGGUUUUCAUCCCAAGUUGACCAAAUUGAAGAUCGUUUUUGGAACCAGAGGCAGCGAAAGCAGGAAAGAUGUCACAGAGGCCAUUCCCCCAAACAUCAAAAACGGGAACAUUCAAAGAUUGACAGUACGACUAGUCUUUCAGAAGAUGUGGUAUCGCCAAGCUCAUCGAUUGAAAUGAAGCAUGGAAAAACUCAGUCUGAGGAUAUAUCAAAACAUUCCAAUGAUGCCAUGAAGAAACACACACAACAAAGUGUUCCAAAAUCAAAACAAGUAGAUAGCAGAAACAUGGAUAUUAUUGACCAAUGCAAGAUUCAGGUAAAACCUGAAGAUUGUGUAUCAUCUAUAUUAGAUGACCAUGAUGAAGACAACAAAAACACUGGUGAAAAGACAGACUCGAGGGAGAAUUCUGUGUCUGAUAACAGUGUCAAAAGAGGAAAAGUGAGUGGUUUAGAAGUAGGUGCACAAGAAUUAAGACAGCCUCUGGUUAGACCAGAAAUUAACAAGAAUGAGGAAUCCUUGCCUUCCAAGGUAGAUGAUAUGAAUUCCAACAAUGAGAAAGGCCGUGAUAGUGCUGCAAAAGACUCAAAUAUUCAUGUUCUUUUCAUUCGAAAGAAUCGAAAAAAAGGUCGCCCUUCAUCCAGAAAACAGCGUAGGAGGAAGAUUUUAAAAGCUAGAUCUGCUAGUUCUUGCAAUGGACCUGAUACCCAAUCUUGCAGUGAAACCUGUGUGGAUGAUUGUGAAGAUGAUCUCCCCCAUAAACUGAGAGAUGCUAGCAAGGAUAUGCAAUCCAAACGAUGUGCAUCCGUGUCCUUCGUCCUUGGCCUUAUGCCUAGUCCAGCAUCACCCAAAGUGCCAAAUGGCUCCAGCUCUGAGUAUACAUUUUGUUUUAAUGAUAAUGACAGUGAUAAUGGAGACUGGGAUGAAGAGGAUGAGGAUGAAAUUGAUUUUGGUCCUUUUCAGGGCACAUUUUCACAAUGUGAUCUUUUAAAUUUUCUCCCCAAGAGCAAGAAAACAGAACCUUCACCCAUCAAUUUUCAGGUCCACAUUUCACCUCUUCAAAGUUGCGGUGAUGGAGACAAGACUCUCGAGGAUAUCAAUGCUUCAUGGAACAUUCAUAUUUCCCUCAAAGAGGGAUCUCCAGAAAAUCUAAAAAAAUCUAAGAAAAAGGUUCAUUUCCCUGACGACAAGGACUUGAAAGUGGUUCACCCAAUGAUACACUGGUCGUAUGCAUACCAGGCAGCUCGCAAAGGACAUUGGGAAAAUUAUGUACGGGACAGAGACCGCUUCAAGCGUAGAACACAGGAUGUUGAGACUGUGGUAGUCCCAGUGUUGGACUCAAAACAUAGGCAGUGUGUUUAUGAAGAGCGAUUCAAGACUGAAAAACACUAAACUGGUGUCGGUCACGUUGUGAUUUUGAACUCUUGUCAACCUUCCUCUGUGAUAUUCAUGGCAGCUCAAUGAUAUGCAAUUCACUCCUUGUGGUGCUGUUGUGUUAACUAUUUGAAAUGGGGCCAUGCAAUUUUCCUCCAGGUGUGUGUUAAUGAUUUAUAUGUCUCAUUUCAUGCUACAGUCAACAGCGUUGAUGGGUUGUGGCCAUUGGUCGUUCUGAUAAGUCACCAGUGUUGAUAAUUGUCAUCGCAUUAAUAGGAUAUUUAAGACCAGAGGGCUGUCGUAAAAAAAUGUAUCAAGAUUCUAUUUACUGAAACUAUUGAAUAACCAUGCCAGAACAUUUUUUAACAUGGUUAAUGUUAAGUAUAAUAUUGAUAAUUAUCAGUGAUGAUAAUUGUUCUUACCCAAGUCGUGCAGAGCUCUUGGAAAUUACAUUUAAUAAUGUAUUCAAUUUUGCUAUGAUUUUUUAAUUGAAAUCGGUCAAUAUGUUGUGAUAUAUUCCAAUUUAUACAUGAAAUGUGCAUUGAUCCUGAGAUAUUAACAGUGACUUCUGACAGCUCUACAACAGUAUACUCUUAAGAGUUGAAUACUUUGUGCGUUAUCACCUCAACCUACAAUCAUAUCUGUGGCAUCACAAAGAAUUGGUUAUUUUAACCUGACAAGUACAUUAAAAACACUGUUCAGACCAUUUAUUAAUUAGAUUAAAAGUCAAAUAUGUGAUUACAAUCAGGACAUUCUUCCAGUCUUGUUUAUUACCGUAUUCGACGUAAUAAGCGCCCAGGGCGCUCUCAAAAUUAGAAAUAGGGGGCUCUAUUAGAAUGUUAUUUUGGUGGAAAAAAACAGCGUUGAAAGAUAAAUUUCGUGGUUUAUGCUG